AUGGACCCAGUAUCCGGUACAUCUAAGGACAUCAAUUCGCCACGAAAAAAACGUCAAAAGAUGACGAGCUUUACGGCUAAUGAGAAAAAAAUGGUGAUCAACGUAUAUAACCAAGAAGAUAUAGAUGACACGUUAAAAUCAGAUGAAACUUCAGAAAUUAAUCACUAUGAAACAUUGACCGGUAGAACUUCAAAUAACUGCUCACAUGCUAAGAAAGUUGUAGCCGACAAUGAGGAUAGUCCAAGUUUAAUACGGAAAAUUAGUAGCGAAGAAGAAAACAAUGAAACUUUAAGACCAGAAGGGCAGUCAGAAAGUGACAAUGACACAACAUUGACUGGUAGAACUCCAAAUAAUUGCUCACAUGCUAAGGAAGUUGUAACCGACAGUGAGGAUAGUCCAAGUUUAAUACGGAAAAUUAGUAGCAAAGAAGAAAACAAUGAAACUUUAAGACCAGAAGUUGUAACCGACAGUGAGGAUAGUCCAAGUUUAAUACGGAAAAUUAGUAGCGAAGAAGAAAACAAUGAAACUUUAAGACCAGAAGGGCAGUCAGAAAGUGACAAUGACAUAACGAUGGGUGGUGGGACUUCAAGCGAUUGCUCGCAUACGGCGACAGCAGAAAGCGAAAAAAACGGACUAGGAAACGCAAGCUGA